UUGCAACAUUGUGUUAUCUUUCGCUGUGGCGCAGUGCCCUUCGAGAGAUACGGUAGCAGUGACAGCUUUGGUAAAACCCGCCAACCUCUUGUGGAUUUUGUGUUUUACCGAAUUGAAAAUACACUUCAACUGUAUUCAGGUUGUAUUCAACUAUUUCAGGUGAGCCUCGCAUACGCUUACGAGACAAAAGAUGCUCUUUGCCUUGUGUUGACGCUUAUGAAUGGAGGUGAUCUUAAAUUUCAUCUGUACAAUUUGAUGCCCGGAGGGUUCGACGAAAAACGCGUUCAGUUCUAUGCUGCCGAGAUCACUCUAGGACUUCAACAUUUGCACAAAGAGCGGAUUUUAUACCGUGAUCUCAAGCCUGAAAAUAUUUUGCUAGACGAUUUCGGUAAGUUUUCCGUUUGCGACCGUAAGGGCGAUCUCAUGCAGUUAUUAACAGUGAGGUCACUCACAAGCCUAUACAAAUUUUCGAACUUCUUUUGA